AUGAGGAAGCAUUGCAUCAAUUGGAUUUGGCUGCUGUUGCUGCUAAAGCUGAUUUUAAUCAGAGGCGAGCAGCAGGCAGAGGAUCACAGAAUCCAGCGUCGUUUUAUGUGGCAAGAGAUGAACAACUCGGUGAUGGGCGGCGUGCUGGGACGGAUGUUCAACGGAGCCCGGGCGAUGAAGUCGAUGUUCACGGACCUCAUGCCGAGCACGGCGGGACAUGGCCAAAAGUCCACCAUGGACUUCCUGCCCACCGAGAUGACGCGAGUGAAGUACAUUAUUCGCAAUCCGCACAACAAUAAGCCCAUGAAGAUCAUCAAAAUGCGACCGACGGCAAAGAAGGUGAUUAAACUCCGGAGACCCAUACCAAAACCGACUGUCACGGAAUCCACGGUGAUGAUAGCUCACUCGGUGCACAAUAAUGAUCAUCGGAUGAGGCUGUUGGAAAAGGAGCAGGAACUCAUAGCCGAGGGAAAGGCGCCGAUGACCAGCGAUGAGGCGAUAAUGGAGAAGUACUUCAAGAAGCGACCAAGGGGAGGUUCCUCCUCCAACGAAGUGGUUUCCGGCAAGAUCAUGGAGUACCAGAGCUGGAAGCCUGUUUACAAGGCUGGCGAAACGCCCUCAUCUUUUGUGACCCUCAGACCCCAGGCUUUGACUCAUUUGCACACGGAUAUAUCCUCCAGUGGGGAUCAUGAAAUGUUGCCCAAACCCGAGAAGCUGGUGAGCUACGAAUAUGAGAGGGAGGAGGACGAAGAGGAGGCGGAGAACGAGGUGGCCAAGCAAAUGGGUCACCGCUACGAGGUCACCGAGCAUACGGGCGAGGCGAGUGGUGAAGUGGAGACCGUCGAGGCGGCGGUGGCCUCCAUGGAGAGUGGCUUUGUGCCCAGUCAGGGAAUGACUUUCAGGUCGCAGCAUCAUCAUCAUCAUCAGCCAUCCCCAGUGGUGGCCCCGCAACAACAUCAUAAUCCCAGGCCCAGGAAUCGCAGUCCCUCCAGCACCACUACUUCCACCACCAGCACCACAGAAGCACCCAACUACCCAGCUUCCUUCCUGAAGAAAUUCCGCGAACGGGAGGCCACCACCACGCGGAGACCCCGCAAGCAGCAGCAGCAGCACAAGGAGCUCUAUGUGAUCCGUGAAUCCGAGGACAGCACGGAGUUAAGCAGCACCACGCCACCAUCCUUUGCGAUGAGCAGCCUAAGGGCUCGCCUUCAGGAUCAGCAGCGCCACCAGAAGCAGCAGCACAAACAGCAGCUGGAGGAUGAGGAGCUGGAGGCCGCCCUCGUGGACGCCAUGCACGGCGAGAAGUGGCCAUCGGAGGUGGCCCACAGCGGCUUCCAGCUGGCCAGUCCCAUUGGGCCAAGUGCCGUGGCCUUCGAGCAGCCGCUGGCCAAGGCGCCAAGGGGUCAGUACAAGCGGCAGACGCGCGAUAAUAUCCGGCAACGUGGAACUGUCAAGUUUGGCGAUAAACCCAACUACGACGAAGCCUGA